AUCUCAGAAUAAUGCCAAAUUAGUGAGAGGAGCAAAAAAAUCAUGACUCACUAAGACUAAUUCCAACUUCGAAACGCAUAUAUAUAUAUGUAUGUAUAUGUACGUGUAUAUAUAUAUAUGUAUAUAAGAUAUAUAUAUAUAUAUGUGUGGACAAGUGAAGGUAGAAAAAAGUUAAGAAAGAAAAGAUAGAAGAAGAAAAUAUGCCAGAAUCCGGAGUAGUAGCAGCACCAUUGAAGGCACACUUUGUUUUGGUCCAUGGUAUAAGUGGAGGGAGUUGGUGUUGGUACAAAAUCCGGUGCCUAAUGGAAAAUUCCGGCUAUAAAGUCUCCUGUAUUGACCUCAAAUCCGCCGGUAUAGACAAGUCCGAUGCCGAUUCCGUCUUCACUUUCGACGAUUACAAUGAGCCCUUAUUCAACUUCAUGUCAACUUUGCCAGAAGAUGAGCAGGUUAUAUUGGUGGGACAUAGUGCCGGAGGAAUUAGUGUAACUUGGGCAACUCAUAAGUUUGCAAAGAAAAUUGGUUUGGCUGUGUAUUUAGCUGCAACGAUGCUCAAACUUGGGUUUUGUACUGAUCAAGAUAUCAAAGAUGGCGCACCAGAUUUAUCUGAAUUUGGAGAUGUGUAUGACUUGGGAUUUGGGCUUGGAAAUGAUAAGCCUCCAACUAGUGCAAUUAUCAAGAAAGAGUUUCAACGCAAAAUUUCAUACCACAUGAGCCCUCAAGAGGAUUGCACGUUAGCUUCCAUGCUUCAGAGACCAGGGCCCAUCCUAGCAAUACAGUCGGCCAAGUUCACUGAGAGUAAUGACGUGGACAAGGUGCCACGUGUCUACAUCAAAACACUGCAGGAUAGAGUGGUGAAACCAGAGCAACAAGAAGCUAUGAUCAAGAGAUGGAGACCGUUGGAUGUGUAUGCUUUGGAUAGUGAUCACUGCCCAAAUUUCUCAAACCCAUUUCUACUCUUUGGCUUGCUUCUCAAAGCUGCAGCUUCCGUUGGAUAUAUUAGCUAAUUAAGAUCUAUUUUUAUAUAAUUUAUGAAACAUGAUUAAUCUAUUAUAAUGCUUUUUUUAAUUAUAAUAAAUAAAAUUUCUAUUAAUCAAAUUAA